UUAAUCUCCAAAAGAUAUAUAGAACAUUGGGAAUCUACUCUUAAACUGCGCGCAAUGGAUUUUCAUAUUUUUUGUUUUAUUCUGAUCACAAUUUUCAUAUUGUAUAGCCCAUGUUAUUCCGAUAAAGGGUAUUAUGGAUUUAUGAAAGAUGCAACACUAGCACCAACUUAUGCUCGCUUCGACUACAUAGUCAUCGGAGGAGGGACCUCCGGUUGUGCAUUAGCCGCAACACUAUCUCAAAACGCCAACGUUUUGGUUCUUGAACGCGGCGGCUCUCCUUAUGACAAUCUUGCGGCUACCAAUAUCGAAAACUUCGCCAUCACACUCUUAAACACCACACCAAAAGCUUGGUCGCAGCUUUUCAUCUCCGAGGACGGCGUUUACAACCAUCGUGCACGCGUCCUCGGUGGAGACUCGGUGCUGAACGCUAGGUUUUACUCACGUGCCGAGGAAGCUUACGUGAAGAUGGCUGAGUGGGAUAUCGAUGAAGUGGAAGCUGCUUACGAAUGGGUAGAAACGAAACUUGUGUUCAAGCCACAAGUGAUGGGAUGGCAAUCGGCACUUAAAAAUGGGCUUUUGGAAGCUGGAGUGGUUCCAUACAACGGUUUCACGUACCUUCAUAUUAAUGGGACUAAGAUCGGCGGUACGAUCUUUGACCCUGCCGGCCAUAGACACUCGGCUGCAGAUUUGUUAGCGUAUGCUAAUCCGGACGGGAUUGUUGUCUACUUGCACGCUCUUGUCCACAAGAUCCUCUUCACCACCACUAGAGAAGGAGAGAGGCCUAAGGCGUACGGAGUAAUAUAUCAGGACGCAAAUGGAGUGUUCCACAAGGCAGAGCUGGGAAAGAACGCAAUGAACGAGGUUUUUUUGUCUGCGGGAGCCAUUGGUAGCCCGCAACUAUUGAUGCUGAGUGGUGUUGGUCCUAUGGCCCAUCUUGAGUCUCAUAGGGUGAAUCCGGUGGUCCUGGAUCAACCCAUGGUUGGGCAAGGGAUGGGAGAUAAUCCGAUGAACGCUGCGAUCGUCCCUUCUCCUCAACCUGUAGAACUGUCCCUCGUACAGGUCGUUGGAAUCACUAGGUUCUAUGAUUUCAUUGAAGGAGGAAGUGGCUUAAACGUCUCUUUUAACUUGACCCAUAAAUUAUUCGAUGGUAUGUUGGAUCUUCUCAACCAGAGGCUUCGAUUGAACAUAAUUGAAAAUGUGGGCGUGGUCUUCCACAAAGUAGACGGACCGCUCUCAAGAGGUUACUUAGAACUCCGGAACUUAAAUCCAGAUGAUAACCCUUCAGUGACAUUCAACUACUACCGAGAACCAGAAGAUCUUAAGAGAUGUGUUAAGGGACUUGAAACAGUUAUUAAAGUGAUAAACUCUAAUGCCUUCUCCAAGUACAAGUACCCAGGUGUGACCGCACGUGAGCUGCUCAAUGUCAUGUUGGGCCUUCCCAUCAAUCUGAGGCCAAGGCACGAGACCUCAACGUUCAACUUGACGCAGUUUUGCAUUGAUACUGUGAUGACUAUAUGGCAUUACCAUGGAGGUUGCCAAGUUGGAAGAGUGGUCGACAAGAAUUACAAAGUCAUAGGCAUUGAUGCCUUAAGGGUCAUUGAUGGAUCAACAUUUCUCAAGUCUCCGGGGACUAAUCCACAAGCCACGGUCAUGAUGCUCGGAAGGUACAUGGGGCAAAGGAUUCUUCGAGAGAGAGCUGCUUUUCGAGAAAAAGAUUGUGAUUAUUCUACCGUUGUUCCAACUAAAGAUGAGACCAGUAUUGGCUAUUCAUCAUCCAAGAAGAAGAAAUUCUGAAAUAAAAAAGUAGCCUCAUAGUGUAUAUUGUAUAUCACAUAUUUCAUGAAUAAAACCAUAUUAAUUAUUUAAUAAUAA